AUGCGUGCUUUUCUGGUAAAAUUGCACUACGGUCUGCGAGACCUUUCCUACAUCGAAUUAGGGGAAUGCGGAUCCAAGCAAGGUAGUGUACAUCAUCACCAAGGAAGAACGCGAAAACGAAGAACGACCGAGUUUUACGUGGAAUGGUUCGAUGUGGAUGAGCAUGGGUUGACAUGCAUUCCAAUGCAAGAAGAUAUUCGCAGGAGUGGCGCAUUCGUGCUGGAACCGGAUGAAAAACGUGACUUCCGGUUCGACGUGACAGUCAAAAUCAACCGUGAAAUUGUCCCGUCUCAUUUGAAGCGAUCCGUGUUAUUGAUGCAUGGAGAUAUCAUUGAGUUAUUUCUCCAAGACAUCCCCUACUUCAGGGUCAUGUUUCUAUUGACCAAUGAAUAUUCGGUACGAAUGCCACAAACUUCAGUACUGCUGUCAUGUCCUUGGUCGGUUCUGCAAACCAUUUUCCGGUUUUUGACUCCCUUCGAAGCCAUGGAAAGCAUCGUUCCGGUGUGUCAGCAAUUUUUUCAACUAAUACGGAGUGGUGAAAUCUGGACAAAUCUCAAAGUCAAUAUUGACUUUGAAACAUACGUUCCAUACGGUCACCUGGGUGAUUUGUGCAAAGUGAUUGCUCCAUUGAGGACGUUGCAUUUGAUCGAUAUAAAGAAAAAAUCCUUACACGAAGUGAGUCCAAAUGUCAAGUUUCUCGACUUCCUUGGCUCUGGUGAGCUGCGAAGCCUGCAUGCGAACACCUUGCCUGUUGAAUUGAGUAAUGACGAUUGGCUUCAAGCUCAAAGAAGGGGGACGUUUGCUGACCUGGAAUUGUUAACCUUGCGUGGUAGCGAGGUUGAGGAGAUGCCACUCGCUGACACGAUGUGCGAUGCUUUCCCGAAGCUUAAAUCCAUCUGGUUCCAAAAUGUACGAGUGUCACCGACGAAUGCAUUAGACCAUAUACUGGAGAUGCCAAGUGUGGAGAAGCUUUGGUUCAGAAAUUUUCGUUCAGAGAUAGUUCCUGAGCCGAUAUCACUUCAUUUCUUCGACCGAAGUCCGAAAGAAUGGCUUGAAAACAUCAAACUUAUUUCUGCUGAUUUGUGGGAGAGGUAUAUCCCGUAUUCCAGAAUGAUCAACUUGGAAUUGGUUGCAUUGUUUUCGCGAGACAAGACGACUUGGGUCACAAACAUAGAUGUUGAUGGAACACUUCCGCGAUCCCUGGAGAACAUUUUUGAGGAACUUCGCAACUGUUCGAAGCUCAAAGGACUAAUUCUACGCAUACCGGAUGGUUUUCGGUGCGCAGUUCUUGGCGAACUGUCCCAAGAAUUGGAAUUCGCUGCAAUUUCUGGAGCUAACAUUGAUGAAGUGAAAUCUGUGCUGGAGUGCCUUUUCUGUGCUCAAACGCGUCUUAAAGAAUUGUGGAUUCGGGUGUUCAAUGCAUCGAAACCUGCAUUUGAGGAAAUCAUCGAAGUGUUGAUGAGAUUCAAACGUCUGGAAGAAGUCUUGUUCGUGUAUACGCCUUGUCCCCCUUCCAAAAGGAGCUUCGACAAUGAUGACGACUCCGAUGACGCCUUAGACAGCGAUUACACAAUGAUGGAAUACCCCCUGAGAACGUUUCAGCGAGUGAUGCGGGAAUUCGCGCAUCCAGGAUGUUGCUGGAAACAAGCAACUUUGCUUUAUGAUGGUCCUUAUAUUAAGGAAUAUUUUACCUACAGUUUCACACUGCGAAUGGAAACAGAAUUCUCGUCAUUUGCUGUAACGAAAUUCUUCUCUGAUUGGUUCAGGCAUGUUAUGGAUGGAAAUGGAGGUUCUGAGUUCGGGGCAGCUGACUUGAUUUCAGCUCUUUUUCCCAAACAAACGGAAUAAUUUGCGGGAAUCGCCUUGGGCGCUUCCUUAGUUGCGAAUAAUUGUUGAACUUUUUAAUGCAUUGAUUGAGACUUCGAAAUUAUCGUAAAAAAGACGACAAGAGUUGCGUGAAUAACGGAGUUUCUUCAAGGACGGAAGGACUUUUCCUUACUUCGGAUUGCGAUGGUGACCAUUUUUUCGAGAAUUUGAGGAAGGUUUCGGCUGAAGUCAUUUCUGUUCCUUGAGCUGUUUUUCGUCCUACACAUGUUUAAAAAUAAGGGAAAAGAGGAACUACAACACUUUUUGUCACAU